GCUCCCUGCAGCAAAAGGCCAUUUCCAUCAAAAGCAGUUCAGUUCAAUCCCACUUCCCGUUGCAUACACCACAUCAUCUCCUUCUCCAAAGAUGGCCGGACGCAUGGCGCUUGCGGUGGUCCUGCUGACCGCGGCGGCUGCCGCGGCGGCGGCGCAGUCGGCGUCGAACGUGCGCGCCACCUACAACUACUACAGCCCGGAGAAGAUCAACUGGGACCUCAACGCUGCCAGCGCCUACUGCGCCACCUGGGACGCCGGCAUGUCGUACGCCUGGCGCUCCAAGUACGGCUGGACGGCCUUCUGCGGCCCCGCCGGGCCGACCGGCCAGGCGUCCUGCGGCAAGUGCCUCCUGGUGACGAACACGGCGACCGGCGCGCAGAUCACGGCGAGGAUCGUCGACCAGUGUAGCAACGGCGGGCUGGACCUGGACUUCGACACGGUGUUCAGCAAGAUCGACACCGACGGGCAGGGCGUGGCCCAGGGCCACCUCACCGUCAGCUACCAGUUCGUUGACUGCGGCGACAACUAAGUGAUUAAUUAACUGGUGCUCAGGCGCUAUGGAAAAUAAGAAGCUGCAAAUAAAAGUACUACUAAUGUGCUACUUGCAUUGAUGCACUUCGUAAUAAAUAAAGUGGAAUGAAUUGGACGUGA